GCAGCAUUGAAUAUGAAAAAGCCUAGAAGAGCAGAAGUCAAUUACUGUCCGCAGUAUCCAAAAGGAGAAACUACUGACAGCCUGGAAAAAGAGAGAAUUGCACUGCUUUCAGAGGUUCAGAAGAGAAACAAUGACAAUAUAGUGACAAUGAAAAUGCAGAAGACUUUUUCGUACAGAAGGCAAGAAGUUAUUCAAGGACAGCCCUUCAUUGCAGAUUUUAAAAGCAGAUGGCCAGCUCUGUUCACCGAGAAAGAGAUUGACAAGGAAUUCCUGCGCAUAUCGACAGUACCGCUGCUAUCUAGAUUCUUUUAUGAGCUAGACUUGUACACUCCACGCAUGAUGGAGCUCUUUCGAGGCAAAGGUGGGGUGGCUGGCAGAAAAAUGAGACACAUCAUGGUGGCCAUCUCCAAGGUGGGUUAGAUCUGUGCUUAAGAACUUUUUAUGCCCAUAAUCUGGCAAUUUUAUGAGCAAAGAUAUCUAUACAUAUGGUAGGCAAAAGUCCUAAGAGAUUUUCAUAUUUUAUACAAAUUAUAUAAGCAUCAGUCUUAUAUUAAUAAGUAAUUGAUAAAAUCGUAUGGUUAAUUUUGAUCAAAAUGAAAAAAAGAACAAAAAACCAUUAGUGUUUAGUUGCCUCAUUUUGUGUCUGAUUUGGUUUAGACCAGUAGUUCCCAAACUAGCGUACGCGUACCCCCGGGGGUACGCAACUGGCUGUAGGGGGUACGCGAGGGUCGGGGUUUGAAUGGGGAUCACAAAUUUUAAAAGCCCAAAUUUGCGCUAAUGCAGUUUUAUGUGGCUCUCAAAUACAUGACUAUAUACCACCCUCUGGUGUUCAGCGAAAAAUAGCUCUAACAAAAUACAUGGGCGUGACUUGCCCAAAUGACUGACACCGAACAGUUAAAGUUGCCUCCAAGCAUUCAGUGCUGCACGAAAAUGGACAAGUGGUUAACAAGAAAAAAAGGCCCUACCACAGAGACACCGGCCACAACAACCGAUCAGCUCAUAUCUGAAGAUGCAUUUUCCAGUGACCGCACAGGUGAUUGUUCAAAAACAAUGUGUUCCUCAGAUUUGGAUGCUAGCACGGAUGUAUCUGUUGUUGCUAGCCAAGCGGCUAGCAUAGCUGGAGCCAGUGAUGAAGUGUCUGAUGCGGAGCGUCAAAGUGGGAGAAAACAUGACAGCUUGGACUGUAACACAACCUCCUCAAAGAAGCGCAAAUAUGAUGACAAUUAUGUUUCGCUGGGGUUCACGUGUAUAACUAUUGGUGGAUUUUCCCGGCCACAAUGUGUUAUUUGUGUAAAAGUAUUGUCUCAGAACUCAAUGAAACCUUCACUUUUGCGCAGACAUUUAGAGACAAAUCAUCCCCAUUUGAAAAAUAAACCAAGAGAAUAUUUUGAGCGACAGCUAAAAUCACUUUCAACAAGUAAAACCUGCAUUCAAGUGCCAGAUCUUAUGAAUAAAAACAGACUACAAGCAUCUUACAUGGUCAGUUACAGAGUGGCUAAAACCAACAAACCCCACACUAUUGUGGAGGACCUCCUUCUCCCUGCUGCUUUAGAUAUGGUAGGGACAAUGUUGGGUGAAAAGGCAAAAAAGACGAUACAGUCCAUUCCAUCAUCAAACAAUACUGUCUCACGGCGCAUCAGUGCAAUGUCAGAAAAUGUUUUACAGCAGCUACUUCUGCGCAUACGCCACAGUGAAUUUUAUGCAAUACAGCUAGAUGAGUCCACGGAUGUGGCUGGCCUGGUGCAUCUCCUCGUAUAUGUGCGCUACAUUCAUGAAGGAACCAUCAAGGAGGACAUGCUGUUCUGUAAACCGCUGGAAGAAAGGACAACUGCCGCAGAUAUUUUUCAAAAGCUGGACACAUUCAUGAACACACAUGGACUCAUGUGGGACAGAUGUGUUGGCAUCUGUACCGAUGGCGCACGGGCCAUGACUGGGAGACACGGAGGUGUGGUUUCGCGUGUGCAAGCAGUCGCGCCAGAUUCCUCUUGGGUACACUGCAGCAUCCACCGAGAGGCUCUUGCAGCAAAGGGAAUACCUGUCCGUUUGAAACAUGUUUUGGACACAAGUGUAAAAAUGGUUAACUUUGUGAAAGCCAGGCCGCUGAACUCCCGCUUAUUUGCUGCGUUGUGCAAUGAGAUGGGCAGCGAGCAUGAGACUUUAUUACUCCACACAGAGGUUCGCUGGCUAUCUAGAGGGAAAGUGCUGACCCGUUUCUUUGAGCUGAGGGAUGAACUUAAAGUUUUCUUCAGUAACCAUCCCUUUGAGCUGUCUAAACAUUUGCAUGAUGAAGAGUACCUUACGUGCCUGGCUUAUCUGUGUGAUAUAUUUUCUCGUCUGAACGAGCUCAAUCUCGGAUUACAAGGCGUUUCUGCAACUAUAUUCAAUGUUCAAGAUAAAGUUGAGGCCAUGAUAAAGAAGUUAAACCUUUGGAAGAACUGCAUGAAUGCAAACAACACUGAAGUCUUUCCCGUGCUGCAUGAUUUUCUGUGCUCAAAUGAUCUCACACUAUCAAAAAGUGUAAAGCGCGAAUGUAACGUGCACCUUGAGGAGCUGGCGGCGCAGUUACGCCGAUACUUCCCAGAGACUGACGGCUCAAAUGAUUGGAUACGUCACCCGUUCACCACCGUGCCACCACUCUGCUCCUUGCUAUCUAAAAUAUAACAGGACACCGGAGUAUAUU